GCGGGUCAGGUGGCCUCGUGGAUUGACAAUGGCGCCUCUACUUGGAGCGAACGUCAACGACGUCGUCGACCGACGUGGCUCCUUCGACGCCUGAUUGAGAUACGAAAACGUGGCGGUUCUUUGUGGUUAGGAGAAGAUCAGUUACCUUUGGAACGCCAGGGUGCCACACCUCAUCGAAUGGAUCCGGAUUUGUGGAAGAUUAUGCAAAGCCGUGAAACGGAGGAGAGAUCGGACGGAUUGCAAAGCGGUCUUGUCUGUCCUGAAGGACAAUUUUGUCUUCUCCGACAAUUUGAUGGACGUCCAAUGUGUACCGGUUUUUUGGGAGAUCGUACAGAUGGAUCAUCCGACCAGGAGCCAUGCAUCCGUGAACCAUUCGUCACUCCCAAAUGUGGUGUGGACAACCGAACCUACGGCAGUGAGUGCGAACUGAAGUUAGCUGGUUUGGAGAAACAACUGGAAGUUCGAAUUGCCUAUGAGGGGCCAUGUAGAGCUCACGCGACAUGCAACAAUGUAGUCUGCCCACGUGAAGGUAUGGUCUGCCGCCCGCAUCAUGCAACCGGUCAGCCCGUUUGCUUAGACUGUGCCACUCUACCGACCGAUUGUAACGCAUCGUUCCGCAAAGCGCAGCUGAAAGACCUGAAACGGGAUGGGGUCUCGCAUUUCGGUGAUCCAGUUUGGUCGGCUCAAACUCAGACAAACGGUUGGCCAGUCAUUUGUGGCUCCAACCGACGAACCUAUGCAAACACAUGUUUUUUGCACAUUGUCAACUGUUUGAGCACUCAAUUUGUGGAUUUGAGUCCACCACAAAAUUGUGAACUGGCUGUAAACGCGAAUGAUGCUGAUUCGAGCGGGGGGAGCGAACAUGGAUACUCGCGAGGUGUUGUUAGACAACUCCCUCAGAUGUUUUUGGUCAUCGUGAACAGAAAUUCUNACUACUACUACUACUACUACUACUACUACUACUACUACUACUACUACUACUACUACUACUACUACUACUUCUACUACUAUUACUACUACUAA